UGGGGAAACGUCAGUUGACUGGUCGGCUUAACGAUGUUGUCGAUUUGUGUUCAAUUUAUUGAUCGGCUCUAGUGUGUAUGGGAGCAUCUGUAGCACGUACUAAAUGCGUUAUUUGUGAGUCCCGGAACAUUUGUGCCCUUCAGCUUGAGACUUCUGAAUCGGCCCUGACAUCAUGCUGGACCAUGUACACCAAGCUGUGAUGAGGUUUGUGCUAUACAAUAGCAGUGUUUUGCCCACACCAUCAGAGAACACAUCGGCGUUCCCAACCUGGCAACCUGACUCUGAGGCAAACAUCACCAAGCCUCACAAAUGUCUCCAGGUUUUGUAUGAGGACAUUGGAGAUUCCAGGGUGAGAUUCUGGGACCUGCUGCUAUUGGUGCCCAAUGUGGCCUUCUUCAUAUUCUUGAUGUGGAAGCUGCCCUCAGCCAGGGCAAAGAUACGGCUCACAUCCAGCCCCAUCUUCAUCACCUUUUACCUCCUGGUGUUUGUGGUGGCAGCAGUGGGAAUUACCCGGGCUAUUGUGUCCAUGACUGUUAGUGCAUCCAGUGCUGCUACCAUCAUAGACAAGGUGCUGUGGGAGAUCACCCGCUUCUUUCUGCUGGCUAUUGAGCUGAGUGUCAUCAUCCUGGGACUGGCUUUUGGUCACCUGGAGAGCAAGUCCAGUAUAAAGCGUGUGCUUGCUAUCACUGCUGUACUGGCUUUGGGGUACUCCAUAACACAGGGCACACUAGAAAUCCUGUACCCAGACAGACAUCUGUCUGCAGAGGACUUUAACAUCUAUGGCCACGGAGGACGGCACUUCUGGUUGGCCAGCUCCUGCUUCUUCUUCUUGGUGUACUCUUUAAUUGUCAUCUUACCUAAAACUCCAGUGAGGGAGAGGAUAUCUCUGCCAUCGAAGAAGAGUUUCUAUGUGUAUGCUGCCAUCCUGUCUUUACUGAACCUAGUGCAAGGGCUGGGCAGUGCCCUGCUGUGUGCUGAUAUCAUAGAGGGACUAUGCUGUGUGGACGUCACCACCUUCCUGUACUUCUCCAUCUUCGCUCCACUCAUUUAUGUCACAUUCCUUAAAGGAUUCUUUGGCUCAGAGCCCAAGAUCCUCUUCUCCUAUAAGUCACAGGUAGAUGAGCCAGAUGAAAGCGAUGUCCACCUCCCUCCUACCUCGUCUACCAGCCUGGGCCGUAAGGAGCUGGCUGACCAGGGUCUCUUCUACUCCUCCACUCAGAUUGACGGCUCAGGUCCUGGCGUUGCUGGUAUGGUAGGAGCCUACCUGGACGAUGUCGCCUCUGGACCCUAUGGGGCUGGCAGUAUUAACAGUAUUGAGAGUGACCGCUGGAGACCUAUCAAUGUGUGAAUAGAAGAAGAGGAAGAUGGAGAAAGAGACAGAUGUAUAGGCGGCUGGAUGUCAUGCAGGAAGAUGGUGUGCUUGCAGAAUAAUGCAGAAUAACGUAGUGGAAGGCCAAGUAUGGAUAGCCUUGGUCUUUUUAUGAGGUGGGUAUGAGUUAACAAGGGGAUGAGUGAGGAAAGAACUAUGCUAGCCUAUUCUCUGGAGUACUGUGAUUUGAGCAACAGCUUCCCACCACUGCUGCUGUAGCCCCUCACCAAGAACUCUGUUCCUCGUCAUGACUCCUACAGACUCCAUGUUGAUUCUGGCUGAUAGGUUCUUUAAUUUUGGUCCUUGCUGCCCUGUUUCAGCACUUUUCCUGAAUUCCUGCUUUAGUUAUCUACUGCAGGUAGCCACAAUGAUCUUGAAGUUAAAGCCCCAUUAAUGGACCUGAGUCUGUAGCUAACAGCUUAUCUUCAUUCGAUGUUAAUCCAUCAUCUGUACAUUCCCAUCCAAGGCUUACUAUUUAAGUAAUACCAACUCAGCUAUUACCUGCUGCCUUGUAUUAGAUUUGUGACUCAACUAGCUAAUAAGCUUGUAUUGAAUCACUGUGCCUCUCUGCACAGGGAAAAGACUUGUGCUCAUUCAUUCUGAUCAGUGUGUUUUCUUUGACUUCUGCAAUCAGUGCUUUGUUUCCCUCCUGUUAACUUGUGAAAGGCUGUAGCGUGAUGUUUUGUGGUAUCAAUGUCGUUUGAGAAGGAACUCAGUACUUUCCAAAUACAGGCUUGGUAGCCCAUGUGAAAGACCAGGAAGUGCUGCUGGCAUCUCCAGGACUCAAGGGCUGGGACACAAAAUGGACUUCUCACUGUGCCUCAGCCAUAACCUCUCUACCUGUCAUGUUAUUUUCUGUUGUAUUUAUUUUAGAGUUUUGCUUUAUUUUAUAAUACCAGAGUCAUCAUUCCGGCUAUUGAAUGCAAUUAUGAUAUGUUGGCUUUGUGGCCAAUGUGGAGAGCCAAAUAGCACUUAAAUUUAUUUAAGAUAUUUUUAGAAAUGGGAUUUCAGCCAAGAAGAUGCAAUUUUUUUUUUUUUUUUUUGGGUGGGGGGUAUUUCAAAUUAGAAAGACCCUUAUUUCAUAUGAAAAUAUCCAGUGCAGGAAUGACAUAAUUGUUGCUGUUACUAUGUUCAGUUCUUAUUUGCUGCUAAUGUCUCUGCUCUUUGUGCAGACUUAUUCACAAAUGCCAUUAUACUUAGAGAAACUGAAACACCCAAGGUAAUCAGAGAUGACAAUAACAGUGAUAUUUUGUGGAGUUAUUUGAGUCUUGUUUUGGGUACAGGAACAUUUUCCUGUGGCUGGCCAAAAGAGGACAGAGCAGUUUCUCCUCUAAAUUGAUGUUGAGCAUCAAAAACUAGAUGGGUCAUCUUCAGACGGAGUGAAGGGGAAAACUGCUCAAACCUAUUGAAAAGUUGUUAUUUUCUUAACUGAUAAAUUUAAGGACUAAUGUAUUUGGUUCUUUGGUUAAUACCCAAAAGAAAUUCACAGAAUUUCAUCAAUGAAACCCUUCGAACCCUUAAUUCAAGUUCUGUGAAUAAAUUAUUGUUAGUCCUUUAACAUUAUUCUUGCGUCUCUGGGUAUCACACCAGUAUCUCAUAUUACCAUUCAAACCAUCUCAUGUCACACCUUAUCUAAAGCAGGAGUUUGCAGUGAAUUUCAUAAAUUAUAAAGGGCUGAUAUGAGUUAUGUCUUGACUACACAUUAUUACAUUAUUACAGGCAAAACAAAUUCUCUGUAUUUUUAUGCUCACAAAACAAUUUCAUUUGUAUUUGAGUGCUCUCCUGUAAAUUAUAUACUUUUGCUAUGGAAGGAUCGCUGUAUGUAAGCCUGUAUACAGUAUAGAGGGAGACAUUUAUUUUUUCAUUGUGAAGCCACAGCACAAUAAUGAGUAUGGCCAACAAAGUAUUUUCUGCCUGGCUCUUCAGAUGUUUCUUAUUUAAUUUUCAGUGCUGUUGAGCUCUGGGCUGCAUUCCCAGCUGGAAAAGCACUAAUGCAGGUGUCAGUCUGCAGUGACGAGUAAGCUGAGUUGAGAACUUAUUUCUCGGUGCGUGGAUAUAAAAUUCAAGUGCGGUCUCUUGCUACAAAAUGUUUGGAGAUGUUUGAUAGUGAAACCAUUUUGCGGAUGAUCUGUAAUUUGCCUUUUUUUUUAUUUAGGUGCAUUGUUUGUAGAAUAUUCAACUCAUAUUAUUGUGAUGUGUUGAGCAUUCCAUGAGCAACAAAUUAAACCAUGCCUUCUUUGA